CAAAGAAAGAAAAAGCAAAGAGAUUUUCUAUGCAAAAAAUGGGUGCUAUUGGACUAUUUCUUGUCUCUCUGAUGAUUGCGUCAUGUUUACUGCCUAGCGUUUCAGCUGCAACCAGGCACUAUAAGUUUGAAAUCAAAAUGCAAAAUGUGACAAGAUUAUGCCACACCAAGAGUAUGGUGACAGUAAAUGGACAGUUCCCUGGACCUAGAAUUGUGGCAAGGGAAGGUGAUCGUCUUGAAAUUGAGGUGGUCAAUCAUGUUCAGAACAACAUCUCCAUCCAUUGGCAUGGAAUUAGACAGCUUCGUAGUGGAUGGGCAGAUGGACCAGCAUAUAUAACACAAUGUCCCAUUCAAACUGGCCAGAGUUAUGUCUAUAACUUCACUAUAAUUGGCCAAAGAGGAACAUUUUGGUGGCAUGCACAUAUUUCAUGGUUGAGAUCAACUGUUUAUGGUCCUAUAAUCAUUCUUCCUAAGAAAAAUACUCCUUAUCCAUUUGCCAAACCCUACAAAGAAAUUCCCAUCAUCUUUGGAGAAUGGUUCAAUACAGAUACUGAGGCCAUAAUUUCCCAAGCUUUGCAAACAGGUGGAGGUCCUAAUGUUUCUGAUGCCUAUACUAUCAAUGGACUUCCUGGCCCUUUGUACAAUUGUUCAGCCAAAGACAAAAAUUGCCAAGGACCUAAUGGCACAAAAUUCUCAGCUUCAAUUAACAAUGUAUCAUUUGUGCAACCUACAACUGCACUUCUCCAAUCUCAUUUCUUUGGACAAUCCAAGGGUGUAUACAAGCCUGAUUUUCCUUAUAGUCCUUUAAAUUGGUUUAACUACACUGGGAACCCUCCGAAUAACACCUCAGUUAAGAAGGAUACAAAACUUAUGGUUUUGCCAUUUAACACGAGCGUGGAGUUAGUGAUGCAAGACACAAGUAUUCUUGGUGCUGAAAGUCACCCUCUUCAUCUUCAUGGAUUUAACUUCUUUGUCGUUGGCCAAGGGUUUGGGAAUUUUGACCGCAAUAAGGAUCCAGCAAAUUUCAACCUUGUUGAUCCUAUUGAGAGGAACACUGUGGGUGUCCCUUCUGGUGGUUGGGUUGCUAUUCGAUUUCUAGCAGACAAUCCAGGAGUAUGGUUUAUGCAUUGUCACCUGGAAAUUCACACGAGCUGGGGACUGAAAAUGGCAUGGUUGGUUUUAGAUGGAAAACUUCCCAAUCAGAAGCUACCUCCUCCCCCAAAAGACCUCCCCAAGUGUUGAGAAUUUUGGUUCAAUUUUUGUACCUCUUAUUUUUUGCUUGAUCGUUGAUCUUUCCUCAUUUUGCUUAUGUAGC